UCUCGUUUUCAUUUACUGCUGGAUAAAUUCCCAUGAGUUUCUACGCACCCUGCUCAGCCUCUUUUCUAUUUUUUUAAGCAUUUUUGAAAAAUAUGCACAGGGUGGAGCUGGGGAUGAACUUGCAUAUUAAUUAAAAUGUGAUUCAGAAAAAAAUCAUUUGACGCCAUGGUGCCACACCUAUGUAGUGAUUUAAUACAUGGAGAUAGGCAGUGGAGACAAGGAGCGGACUUAACAGCACACAUACAAAUUGAAAAAUCGAAUGGUAGAAAUCCUGUCAGACAGCUUCGGGACGAUGCGUCUUGUUUUAAAGCAUACGCCAGUUAGGCUAUAGGACGUUUCUGUACCUCACAAGUGCUCCAUGCAACAUUUCUGUUUCGAGCUCGCAGUUCAUUUUAGCCGCACCCUGCAUAGCUCUCACUAAUGUCCGUUAGGAGUCUCUCGUCUCUCCUGUCAGUGAAUACCAGUUGAGCAUCCGUAGAAGAAUCCAUUAUGUGAAUUCAUUGUGUCAUUAUCAUACAGGCGGCUACAGGAAUAGCCUACUGUGACGGCCUCAGAAGCAGCAAUAUAGACGUGACAUAUUACAGAGUCAUUUUCGCAUUACAGUUACUGACAAAACGCUUAACAUUUUGAAGAUUAAUUGAUAACGCCUUCGAGACAACAAAGCAGAAUCUGAACGAGCGGAGGGAACCGGAAAAUGUCACCCAUAUUGCUGAUAUUAUUGUUCCAUCGCAUCAGAGCAAAUGACGAGCCCCAGACCACGGAUGACGCACAGGGCCCAGGUCUGCUGACGGUGGAGCCUCAGAUCGCCAUGUUUUGUGGACGGCCACUCCUACACAUGAAUCAGGCAAAUGGCCGGUGGGAGUCUGACCCUCAGGGUCGUCAAGAAUGCUUCACUGAGCCUAGUCAGAUCCUGUCCUACUGCCAGGAGAUGUAUCCCAACUUGCAUAUUACUGAUGUGAAGGAGUCCUCUAGUCCUGUCACUAUUCCAUUCUGGUGCAAGAAAGGCUGGGGUCACUGCCAGACACGUCCCUUCAUUGUCACUCCUUACCGCUGUCAAGUGGGUGAUUAUGUCAGUGAGGCACUACUUGUUCCUGACCGUUGCCGCUUUCUGCACCAAGAGCAGAUGGACACGUGCAAGAGCUAUGUGUACUGGCACAGCGUGGCUAAGAAGACAUGCACAGAAGAUAGUUUGGAGCUUCAUAGUUAUGGGAUGUUGUUACCGUGCGGCAAUCAUUUCAGGGGGGUGGAAUAUGUUUGCUGCCCAGGCAGAGCAGGAGCCAAUGGACAAGAAGGGGUAGAGAGGGAUGGCCCGUUUAAAAGCGGUGGCCUGACUGAAACCAGCUACAGCGUCACAGUGACGCGCAGCCCAACAACCCUGAGUCCAAUGGCAAACCUUCAUGAAAGUGCAGAGGAUGAAGAGCCUGAUGAUAGACAGAAAGAACUGUGGAAGAAAGAGGAAGGAGCAGGUACCGAUGAAGAAGACGGUGCUACAGCUUCCAAAGAGGCCAAUGCCUAUGAAUACUCUGUAGAUUCUGUACCCUAUCAGGCCUCUGAUUACAUUGAGAACUUCUACUUUGAGAAGGGGACUCAAGUCGGCCACAACCCCCUCACACCACUUCCCCAGACACAAGAAAACACUUUGGCCACCUUGAGAUCAACGGAUGGAGUAGAUGUGUACUUUGAGAUGCCUGGAGAUGACAGUGAGCAUGCCAACUUUCUGUGUGCCAAAAUGGACCUGGAGGAGCGUCGUAUGAAGCGUAUAAAUGAGAUAAUGAAGGAGUGGGCAGAAGCAGAUAACCAAUCCAAAGACUUACCUAAAUCUGAACGUCAAGCUUUGAAUGAGCAUUUCCAGUCGGUCCUGCAGACGUUGGAGGAGCAGGUGGCCGGUGAGCGUCGGAGACUUGUGGAGACCCAUUUGGCUCGUGUUGUGGCCAGUCUCAAUAGCAAUCGCCGGUUGGCCCUCAAGAAUUACCUCGCCGCUGUGCAAAGUGAAAAUCCACAGCCAGAGAGCGUGCUGCAGGCGUUGAAGCACUACAUGGCAGCAGAACAGAGAGAUCGGAAGCAUACACUGAGCCACUACCAGCAUAUUGAGGCUGUCGAUCCACAGAGAGCGAAGCAGAUGAAGUUCAAGGUCUACACCCACUUGCAUGUCAUUGAGGAGCGAGUGAACCAAAGCCUGGCUCUGCUGCACAGAGUUCCGACACUGGUUGAGGAGCUUCACCAGGAAAUUGAUGAACUGGUCAAGAGUGAGCAUGAAGACAUCAGCGAGCUUAUGACUAUUUCCUACUCGGAGACUCAUACCACGGAGGAGAUGCUAACAGCUGAGGGUGCAGAAGAGAAUGACACCGACGAAGAGGAAGAACACGCAUUUCAGAGCCGCCCGUAUCCACUGAAGUUUGUGGCCCCGACUAACACUGAGAAAGUUUCUGGAACUAAAGAGAAUAACUCCCCUACAUCUGAGAGGGGAGCCUUAGACGAGGAUGAUGAGAAGAUCGACGUCUCCGUGGAAGUGACGCAAAUGUUGUACAAAUCUUCUGGGAUUCAGAGGGAUGAGCUGCAACCUGAUGCACUGGAGACAUUUAACCGUGGGGCUAUGGUCGGACUGUUGGUGAUCGCUGUAGCCAUCGCCAUGGUCAUGGUAAUCAGCCUUUUGCUCGUGCGCCGCAAGCCAUACGGUACAAUCAGCCAUGGUAUCGUAGAGGUCGAUCCCAUGCUGACCCCAGAGGAAGGGCAACUCAACAAGAUGCAGAACCAUGGCUAUGAAAAUCCCACCUACACAUUCUUUGAGCAAAUGAACUGAGGGUUAAGAUUUUUGUGUUGAGGGUUAUUUUUGCUUGUUUUACUCCUUCAAUCAUUGAGUUUGUUAACAGCAAACGGAGAGCACUACCUAAUAUACAAUAUGAUCUUAAAUGUGUGAGUGAAUAAGGGAGUUUCCUGUUCAGUGUCUUCGUGAACUCAAUAGCUUGGACACCUUUUCAUUUUUAUCAUUUUCAAUUUUCAUUGAUCAGUUAGUUGCAGCUACAACAAUUUAGGAUCAAAACAUCCUAAACAAACACUGAAGAUUCAAAGACGUCUGUUUUAUUGCUCGCUUUUAUUUUUGACAACACAGAAAUUCAUAUAUUGAACUUUUGAUCCCAUCUGAUUAUGUGACCUCUUAUCCUUGUCAUAUCCUCUCUAACAGAACUUUUGAGUUUCAUUUGUUGUUUUGCCACGAUCACCUUAAGGUAUGUUUGGAGAAGAAUGGAGCAGCAUAUCAUAAAAAAUACCCUCUUUCCAACUGUCAUGCAGGUAGAUCUGUGGCUGCUUUGGAAUUGUCUACCAUGGCUUGGUUGAAUUUUCUAUUGUGUUGUCUUUGGAAUGUCAAUUAACUUUUGAUAUUUGAACACA